CUCCUUGUCGCCUCCUCGAACUCACCCCCAGCAGGUGCUUUCAUUUGAAGAUCAGUUUGCAUUUGUGCUUUAGGCUGUGUAGUUAGCUACAGUGUGAAAAACCUGGGAGGGCCCCUUCCUCCACUUCCUCCUCCUCCUCCUCCUCCUCCUCCUCCUCGUGCUGCUGCUGCUGCUGCUGGUCUGUGACUGUCAUCAGAGGGAGGCUGAUUGAAAGGUGUCCUCCUGCUGCACUUUGGCUCUAGGUAGCGCCGAGGCGUCCUGACUGAGCUGAGCUGAGCUGAGUGUUGGUCUGCUGCGGGACACAAAGGCCAUCCUUCAUCCUUCAGAACCAGACGGCGGCCUCUUGCCCUGCAUCUGCCUCUUGCACCAUCCAGUCUAGUGUUUAUCUGUGGCAGCUGCAGCACAGAGCAUCUUCACCUUGCUACCAGUUAUGUCAAACCCUAUGUAUGGCUCUCGGAUGGGGAUGACAGACAACUCCUUCACCCUUCUGGAACGCACCAGGGCCUCCGCUGGACCCUGGGGUAUGGAGGACACCAAACCCGGCAUGGAGGCUCUGGAGCGCGGCAUCCCGGGCCUCUACCUGUCCUGCUUCGACAUGCUCCUCACCGAAGACGCCACAUGGGUGGUGAAGGUUUCGGAGGCCUCGCAGACGCUGGCUAUGCCCAUGAACCGUAUGGAGCCCAGGGAGGAGCCGGAGCAGUGUCCCGUCAUCGACAGCCAGGAGCAGGGGCUGUCUCCUGGUUUGGGAGGGCAGGAGGAAGAGCGCUCGCUGGAGCAGGUGCAGAGCAUGGUGGUGGGGGAGGUGCUGAAGGACAUCGAAACCGCCUGCAAACUGCUCAACAUCACCCCAGAUCCUAUUGAGUGGAACACAGGGAACGUCCAGAAGUGGUUGCUUUGGACUGAACACCUGUAUAAGUUACCCCACGCGGGAAAAGCCUUUCAGGAGCUGACAGGAAAGGACUUGUGUGCCAUGAGUGAGGAGGAGUUUCGGCAGCGCUCCCCUCAAUGCGGAGACACGUUGCAUGCACACCUGGACAUCUGGAAGUCAGCUGCGUGGAUGAAAGAGAGGUGCUCGGUUGGAGACCCCAAAACAACAGUCGGUGAGGAGCUGUGGUCUGAAGCGGACUCAUCUAGUUCAGGACAGCCGAUUCAUCUGUGGCAGUUCCUCAGAGAACUCCUUCUCAAACCUCACAACUAUGGACGCUGCAUCCGCUGGCUCAAUAAAGAAAAAGGUAUUUUCAAAAUCGAAGACUCUGCUCACGUUGCCAGACUGUGGGGGAUGAGGAAGAAUCGACCUGCUAUGAACUAUGACAAGCUGAGCCGCUCCAUACGCCAAUAUUACAAGAAGGGCAUCAUCCGCAAACCUGACGUGUCUCAGAGACUGGUCUACCAGUUUGUUCACCCUGUAUGAAGUGGAGGCAGCAGGAGAAGGAAGAAGAGGAGGAGGAGAGAGAGGAGGAGACAUAUUUAAAAGGACACAUCUGACUGUGUACGUGAACAGUUUAGGCCUGAGAUGAAAGACUACAUGGAUCCUGUGCACAUUACACACUGAAGUACCUACACAACUGUUAUGUGAAGGAGGACAGGAAGAGACUAAACACUGUGGCUCUUCGGGCUUUUUCUUGCUCCAGAAUAAAACACAAGAUUAA